AUGACAUUGAUGAAGGAACUUGCUUCUGGUUCCGAGGGGGCUGGUUCAAAACAUGAUGCAAGCUCCUCCUGGGUACCCGUAGACAACAAGCCUGAGGUAUACGAUUUUCGAGCGGCGGACGGUCAAGAUUCUAGUUACCAGUGCGAUCGUUGGAGUUGCACUCAUCGGACUGGCUCUAUGGGCCAAGCUCCGCAGGUGCCAAAAUCCCUCUACAGGGGUUUCCAACCAAAAGAGAAUGCCACUGACCUUGAUGCUACUGGGUUUUCGCACCCGCCCCUGGAGCCCAAGGAUUUGUCAGAUGCACAUGGGGUACGGCGUGAAGAAUUCGCCUGCACCGGCGGAGUUGCUCUCACAGUAGGCUCCAGUUGA